UUCGUACAGCGCACUCAAAAUAAAAACAUUUUUGUUCGAUAUUUUAUGGUUCCAUAAAAAAAGGCUUUGACCAUUAACGUCAAUUACCGGAACAAUAUUCAAAAAAAUAGAAAACACACGCUGUCCUAAAACAGAAAAACACAUGCAUAUUUCUUAGGAAAAAUCAAAAAUCUUUUAUCAAAAUUUUACUAUUAGACAUAACAACUCGGUCAAUAAAAAUUUAUGCGCAAGCAAAGAAAGUUUGUGCCCUGUCUAUCAAACCAAAUCAACCAGUCCGGUUAGCCACAUCCCUUUCUACGGUAUGUGCAAAGAGGUCCCUAAUCCACUAUCCUUUAGCACCAGAUAAUCAUUAUGAUGUGGACCAGAACGAGACUCGCCCUGCGCAGCAUUGCUAGAUCACAAAGCUUGAACGGUAAGCGCACCAAGAUGAAGGAGCAGCUAUCGGCGAAGCAGCACGAGCGGAACGAGAAGAAGAAGAAGAAGCUGGCGGCGCUGGCAAAUCUGAUGGAGCUCAACGACCGCGAUCGCCUCCACGAGGCGGAGCUGGCCAAGAAGCGGGAUGCGGAGGAGGCCGAGGCGGAGGAGAAGUCAGCUGCGAAGGCGGAGGACGAGGACGACGGCUUCAUCAAGGUGGGCAGCAAGCGGAAAGCCCGCAACCGUCACACAGUCCGCAGCAAUGGCGAGCAGGAAACGGAAUCCGUAGGAGCACCAGAGACGGGAGCCAAUUCCGACGAGCCGGUGGCCAAGAAAACCCGCAACUAUGAGGCCGGAGGUGAUAGCCUGCCCCAGGAGAUCUGCUCCCUGACCGAGGAGCAGUACAAGCAGCUGUCGGCGGAGCUAAAGCGCCGCAAGAGGCAAAUCGAGGAUGUUCCUGGCCUGAGGCUUCGGGAGAUGGGCCAGCGCGCCUCCCUGGAGACGCCACAACAUGCGCGCACGCCCAUCUUCCUCGCCGACAUCCAGCACCUGCUGAUGUCCGCCCUCAUUGGCCAGAAGAGUCCCUGCCGACCGGAUCGGUGGUGCAGCGUGGAAAAGUGGCUCAGUCUGUCGCACAGCGUGGUGGUCAUACUAGAGGGACUAUCGCUCUACCACUACCUCACCAACGAGAGCCAGUUCAAGGCCACCAAUAAGAUAUUCAACACCAAGCUGGAAAUGCUGCUCCCGCCGCGUGACGAUGGUCAGAUCCUCGACGAGAUAGCCAAGAUACCCCUCACAAAUGUGCAGGCUCGCCAGCUCAUAGACGAGCACGGUUCCCUGGAGUCGGCUGUAGAGCUCAACAAAGAUCCCACCCUGUUCGUAAAGACCAUCUUCCCGAUUGAAAGCAAAGAGACGGUGCCGGAUGACCUGCAUAAGGAUGACAAGUUCCCGCGCACCAAACUCUUGCUUUCCGCCCUGCAAAUGGUCGAUGAGGGCUAUCCGAUUCCAAUGCAAGGCGAUCUGCACAGUCGCUUUAAGGAAUUUAGGUUCACCAAGAAAUCGUAUGCGCCGGUGACCAAUCGAAGUCCCAUGUUUGGCGUGGAUUGUGAGAUGUGUCAUACGGUGGCGGGCAUGAAUGAGCUUACCCGAAUUUCCAUUGUCAACGAACGCUACGAGACCGUGUACGAAACGCUGGUGAUGCCUAACAACCGGAUAACCGACUAUCUAACCCAGUACUCCGGCAUCACUGAAGAUAUCAUGAAAAAGGUGACCAAGAAGCUAAAGGAAGUGCAGAAAGAGGUGUCCGACUUACUGCCCCCGGAUGCCAUCCUGGUGGGGCAGUCCUUGAACUCGGAUCUUAACGCCAUGCGAAUGAUGCACCCGUAUGUUAUAGACACCAGCGUGUGCUUUAAUAUUAGCGGCGUGCGACGGCGCAAGAGCAAACUGAAGCAACUGGCCAAAACCUUCCUGAAGGAAAUAAUCCAGGAAAACGAUUUUGGCCACGAUUCCAUUGAGGAUUCGCGAGCAACGCUCAAGCUUGUCAAGAUGAAGCUGGCCAACAGCAUAGAGUUUGGCGAUGAGAUUCUCACCCAGCAAAAGCGAUUGCAGCAGUUGGCGAACGCCUGCAGCGGCGACACCAUUAGCAAUAACCUAUUUGCCCAUGUGGCCAAGCGGGAUAAGAGGACGGCCAUUGUCACGGUUGGCGAUUUGCAGCCUCAUCUUAAGAAUGUCAUCCAAAAGGCAGGAGAGGCAUCUCCCCAGGAUCACAGCGUGGCGGUGCGUGUCCACGAGGUUUCCACGUCCAAGGAAGCCGUUCGUAAGGUCACGGAAGUUGCAUUGGAAAAUGCCUUGACAAUUGCUAAUAUUCGCGUGCCAGAGCAGGACUUUGUGUUGGAAAGCGCGGAGCGCAAUGUCGCCAAACUAGAUAAAACCAUCGAGCGCCUUUGGAAUUCGGUUGCGCACAACGGACUCUUCCUUGUUCUCAUGGGCGGAGCCACGGAUUGCUCCAAGGGCUUGGCCAAGAUAGCUAUUAAGCGCCUAAACGGAUCGGAACAGACUAGUGCGCCCAUCGGCAGUUAGGAAGUGAAUGAGAAUAGCUCUCCUGUUAUUAACUUCCCCUGGCCGAGAAAAUGCCUCCUGUUAUAAACCUCCCAGCCGAGAAUAUGUCUCCUGUUAUUAAUCUUUUCUAGCCGAUUCCAUUUGACAAAGGGUCAUACUCCGGAAAAACACUUCCGGUUUCUGGUGUGCCCGAUGGCCAGUCGGAAUCCCAAAGCGGAAUCAAAUUUGCCGUAUCAUCCCCAAGACAUGACCAACAAUUGUUUCACCACACACCUCAAAAGUGCACUAUAUGCAACAAUGCAUCAGUAAAAAAUUGUCAAAUUUAAAAAAGUCCUUCAAACGAAUAAUAAAAUGUACAUUUAUUUUUUCACAAAAA